AUGUACAUAGACGCUUGCAGUAGGACUGAGAAGAGGAGACGGAUACCUGUAGACACACCAGAGCCCCUAGAUUUCCACGAGACAUCCAUCGAGUUCGACCCAACCUGCGACUUAGUCGUCGUGUUUCCAGUACCGUUACAAGUUGAAGAAUCAGCCUUACGCACCUUGGGUCGAAUCGGAGAGUGCUGUAUGCUCACCAGAGGGAAAGCGCGGAAAAUGAUACCAGAAAAAGAGGAGUUGGAACAAGGGCUGGUCCCAGAGGAAGAAAUACCAACAAAACCAACAGCUACUCACAUCGAAAGGGGCAAGUUCGAUCGAAAUCGAAGAAAACAAGCCGUAUUUGGAGCCAAAACUUACCAACAACGAAUGAACAGGAAAAACCAGCUACUGAAGGUGGUAGUGGUAAAUAACACCGACCCUCGAACCAAAUCGGACUGGAUCUAUUUCAAACAGCAUGUGAUAGGGACUGAGGAGAACCAACGGAUGGCUGAAACGAUGAUUGCAGCGAAUCGAUGGGCUGCUAGACGCAAACAUGAGACGACCUGGCUUCCCCCUCGAUCGAAUUCGAUGCGAUUGGAUACUAGUCCGCCCAACCCGGUAGAACGCCACUCACAAUCGACUGGUAGAGGACCCUUGCCCGGUGGAAAACCAGGGAUGAUGAAUUAUGGUCUACCAAAUGACCCUCCGGUCACUUGGACAGAGGACGGAGGACGUCUCAGCGAGAACGAAAUGACUUGGAGGAGGGAGAACCGACGUCGUCUCAAAUGUAGAAGUCCAGAACAUUACACCAACAACUGUCCAAAUGGAGGAAAUACGAGGAACAACAUUAGGGGAUCCCCAAACCCGCAUAGCUCACCAAUUCCUAGUGGAUCAAACUCGAUCCCAACCGGAUCCAAAGGGCCAUUAGUUCGGGGAAUGGCGGUGACCUUUGAAGAAGAGGGAAACGAAUACCUGGCCUAA